AUCACCCAAACGAUUGAUUAAUUUUUUAUUCUGUGAAUUCAAAGUAACUUAACUUUCAAUGUUCUAAUGGAAUGGAAAAUAAAUUCAAAUGUUUUUAAUUUUCAAUAUAUUUUGCGUAGACCCCCUGAUGGAAUAAAAUUAUUUUAUAAGUUACUCAGUUGGCAAGAUUCUUCACAUCCGCAACAAAUUGCAGCACAAGUUGGUUCCAAAAUGGUGGUCGUUUGUUGUGGCUUUCAAGUGAUUUGUUAAAUAUUUCAUCUUCAUGCACUUAUUUCUUGAACUUGAGUGUUUCCAAUAGGAGUAAAAUAUGGAUGAUAAGGACAAUGUACCAGGAAGUCAGGAGGGUGAUGGUAGUGAAGCAGUCCCACAGACUUCUAAAGAGGCGGUCGUGGAUCCAGUGGGUGCAAGUGAUGAUACCAACUUUAGUGAUUUAAUUAGUGAAGAUAAUCUCCUAAAUCAUAUGGAUAAAGACAGUGAUAGUGUAAAUAAUGCUAAUAGUGAAGGAAAUGUACAAAAAGAGGAUGGGACAGAUAAAGAAACACCAGAAGAUAGUUCUGAACCAGCGUCACAAACAACUUCACAAGAAUCCAAACAGAAUACUCUUCUGAAAGAAGAAGAAGAAGAAAGUGCAUCUCAAGAUGAUUUAGACAAAGUUAAAAGUACGCUAGAAAAUGCAGAAGCAACAACAGAUCAUGAAGUAAAUGAAAGUAAGGAUCCAAAUGAUUCAAUCGAUGAAAGCAAAGAUGAUGAUGAAAAGAGAGAAGUUGGUAAACCAGAGUUUGAGACUGCUCCUAAUGUGACAGAGGACUCACAAGAAGAUCAUACUCAGGCACUGGAUCCCUUUGACACACUGCUGAAAAGUUCGGAUACAAACACAGAAACAUCCAGCAAGGAUGCAUCUGCCACUGUGAACCUUGAUGAUGAUGAUGAUGACGACACUCAAGCUGACCAAACACCUGCAGAUGAGGAGCAACCAGAAGAAGUUGGUGAGGAGCCGGGGGCUGACGAAGAGGUGUGCCUCUUACCAGAUACGGAGCGAGAGAUAUCAGAGGCUGACAAGGCUGAAGCGGAGAAAGUUUUGGCUGAGAAACGAAAACGAGAUGAAGAAGCAGCAUUAGCUGCAGUACCAAAGGAAGAGACUGAAGUGGCGGAAGCAGCGGAAGGCGCUUCGGAGGAACCGGCCGCAACUGAAGACAUUCCCGACAACCCUGACACUGCCGACGCCAGUGCGACUGAAGACGUUUCGCAGGAAAAUGGCGGCGAUAAAGAAAAUGAACAGGAAGAAACUACAGAAUCUGAAGAGGUUGACUCUUGUGCUAUUCGACAGAUAAACGAGACGAGUGCAACCUGCAUACAGUGCGAGGAAAACAAACCCUGCAUAUUCCGGUUUUGCAACAAGGACGGCAGCUAUAGCUACAUUUGUUCCUCACCUUGCAUUAAAAAUUUCAUAGCUAAACAUCCUGGAGUAUAUUCUGUCGUAGCAACAUACAUGAUCGAGGAAAUAACACCGGAAAUGUUAACUUGUUCCGAAUGCGAAGAGAGAAAAAUAUGCUACUUCUAUUACAAUUUCGAUGGAGAGGACACAGUUUACUGUUCACCCGAAUGCUUACACAGUAUGAUGGGGGACGAACGAGAAAAAUACACAUACAAAUGGCGUAGAAUAACCGUAGAAGAGAAACAAGUACCGAUAGAAGACACAUGCUGUGUUUGCCAAGAAACUAAGCAGUGUGCAUACGGAAUGUUCAGAUAUGGUCAAAUUCUGUCUAUAUGCGAACAAAGUUGUUUAAGAAGCUUGAAUGCUAAAGAAAACGGUCGAUAUAUCUUAAAAAAGAAACGGGCGCAACGUAAAGUGGUUGUCCCUGUAGUUGUGAGGCCGAAUCCUCCGUUAUUGAAACUCAAAGUUAUAAGCAACGCAACGGAUAAAUACUUAGAUGAAGCGUAUAAAAUACAAGCGAAAACUCCGGCUAUGGUGCAAGCAGCACGGGAUGAAAGGGAACGUACUUUUUUACGUUCUUGUAUGCAAUGUUGUGCGAUGCUAAAUAACGAUGAGAAAAUGUUGACAUGGGAAGCCAUGGACUUUUGCAACGAAAUAUGUUUAGGAAAGUACCAGAAUUUGAUUGGUUCGAAAUGCGCGAAUUGUAAGAAGAAUGUUCAACAUACUAGUUUAGGGAAGUAUUGUGUCCGUUUCGGUUAUGAUAUACGACAGUUUUGCAACUCUGGUUGCUUGGAAGAGUUUAAAAAGGGGUUGAAAAUAUGUUGUUACUGUCAGAAAGAUAUAUCAUCUGGGAACGAAGGUUUUUUGGCUCCGGUCGGUGAUAAGGGGCAGUUUAAGGACUUCUGCUCACAGAACUGUAUGGAGAAGUUUGACCAGAUGAGUAAGAAUCCAAUACCUCAGCCAGUGUGGUCCAAGUGUGCGGUUUGUUCGCUGGAAAAGGCGACGACUAUUGAAGUGGAGGUCGGGAAGGAUGUUCACCAGAGGCUGUGCUCGGACCCCUGUUUUGCUGCUUUCAAAUUCGUCAAUAAUAUGUUUCCAGAUCAAUGUCGCUGGUGUAAAAAAUACUUCGAAAGGAAAGUGAGCGCAUAUUUCACCAUCUACGAAUCGACCGUACCCUUCUGUUUCUGCUCCAAGCUGUGUAUGAACAUUUACAUCAGCAACUCGCGGCAUAUAGUGCCGUGCAACUGGUGCAAAGUGAAGAAGUACAACUUCGACAUGAUAAGGCGGGGUCAGGCCAACGGGCAGGUCAUCAUGAUGUGCUCACUCAACUGUCUCACGCUGUACCAGGUCUCCGUUAAUGCUGUGUCUUCGAGAAGAAUGAAGUGCGACAUGUGCAAGCUAUGGGCCAUGGCGCAGUACCACCUCACGAUGUCGGAUGCGACGGUGCGAAACUUCUGCACCUACCAGUGCGUCAUGAGCUUUCAGGGUCAAUACUCGAAACAAGCGCCGCAAGAAGUGGCUGGUGAUGCCAUAGAUCAACCCAAGGCAGUACCUACGGGCGCCCCCAGACGGACCUAUGCGCCUGCGCACAAGAAUAACGCCACGAAAACCCAACCCCGUUCUGGACUGCCAAUUAUAUCGAACGUGCAAUCCCUAGCACCGAUAGCGCCCGCCCCUAUACUACAACCGACGCGCGCCAAAUCGAAACGACACCAACCACCCCCUCCACCCGAGCCAGAACCACCCGCAGCGCCCAAAACACCCCCACCACCGCCAAAACCACCUACCCCGCCACCUCCGCCACCCCCGAAAAUUUACAACCACGUUAUAGUAAAAACCUUACCCCCUCAUGAAGUCGCAAACAAAGCAACUAUGUCAAAACCUAUGAUGGUUUCUAAAGGAGUGUCUUGUAGGCCUCAUCCGUGUACUAAAGAAUGUCAAACAGACUCAAGCUUAGAACGAAAAGUUCUGAUCCCCGUCCCCGUUCCAAUAUACGUCCCUGUACCAUGCGUUAUGUGGUCUUUACCAUUCCCUAUACCGGUUCCAAUACCCUUGCCUAUUCCUACUCCAGUGUUUAUACCUACAACGAGGAAUUCUGCAAAGGGUAUUAUGAAGGAGAUCAAUAAGAUACACGAUAAGAUGCCAACUGAUCCGUUCGAGGCUGAGUUGUUAAUGAUGGCAGAAAUGGUGGCCGGAGACAAGAAGAAGGAUCAGAGCGAUUCAGAUACAGAGGAAGAGAAUGAAGAAGGCUUCAGCCCAGUGGGUGGUAUGGAUGGGAACAACGCGUUUGGGGAAGACAUGCUUCAGAUGGCGCUGAAGAUGGCCACGGAGUAUGAGGAGCAACCCGUCGACCUGGAGUCGGCCAUGACCGCCAACACCAUCACACCCAGCUCACACCCGGGAUUGCCAGGUCUGGAAGGCGAAGGUAUGCACCAACACAUGAUGGCUCUAGAACAACAACGCGCGGUGGCAGCUUUACGGGCGUCCAGCGUAGCUGUAAACGCGGGCGCCAGAAAGAGGGCUCCGCCCCCCGCGGCAACUCGCACGAGGCAGUCCAAGAGACGCCGCGAGCCUGCGCCCGCGCCGCCGCCCGAGCCGCCUCGCGAGCCGCAGGAGAAGCCUGACGCUAACAUGUGCCUCAAGUACACAUUUGGCGUGAACGCGUGGAAGCAAUGGGUGAUGACGAAGAACGCAGAAAUAGAGAAGAGUUCGAUACGACGGAAGCCGUUCAAGUCGGAGAUCCUGCAACUAACAGCGGAUGAACUUAACUACUCCCUAUGUCUGUUUGUGAAGGAAGUGCGCAAGCCUAAUGGCAGUGAAUAUGCUCCAGACACUAUUUAUUAUUUGGUUUUAGGUAUACAGCAAUAUCUGUUUGAAAACGGUAGGAUAGACAACAUAUUCACGGACCCCUACUAUGAGAAGUUUACAGACUGCUUGGACGAAGUGGCCAGGAAGUUUUCAGUUUUAUAUAACGACUCACAAUACAUAGUAACGAGGGUGGAAGAGGAGCACCUGUGGGAGAGUAAACAGCUGGGCGCACACUCGCCACACGUCUUACUGUCAACGCUCAUGUUCUUCAACACUAAGCAUUUUAAUCUUGUCACGGUGGAAGAGCACAUGCAGCUGUCGUUCUCGCACAUCAUGAAGCACUGGAAACGCAACCCCAACCAGCCCGGCCAGGCCAAGAUCCCCGGCUCCCGGAACGUCUUGCUGCGCUUCUACCCACCACAAUCAGCACUCGAGGCAAACUCGAGAAAAAAGAAAGUAUAUGAACAACAAGAGAACGAAGAGAACCCACUAAGGUGUCCAGUAAAGUUGUACGAAUUCUACAUUUCGAAAUGUAUUUUCAAUUCCAGCCCCGAGUCUGUACGUACUCGGAACGACGUUUUCUAUCUACAACCAGAGAGAUCGUGCGUGCCAGAUUCACCCGUGUGGUACUCGACCCAGCCGCUCAGUCGCGCCGCGCUCGCGAAGAUGUUGCAUCGCGUCAAAAUGGUCAAGGAGAUCAACAUUGCACUGCUUACCAGCUAAGACUUUACCCUACAAUCAUUCGGUGGCAUGAGAGAAGCUGGGACAGAUUUUUGCAACUUCCUUCCACACCCUUACGGAACGUUAUUGAUGAGACAACAGUGGUGUUGACAUGAACAGUUCCCUUAUGGUUGUAAACAUGGUUACAAUGUAUAUUUUUUCUACUUUGUAUAUCAGUCUGCGAAAGAACAGUUUGACAUAGUCUAUGAAUGUUUUUUUUUUAAAUGUUGCAAUGAGUUUAGAUUAAGGGUCUGUGCAGACGAGGCAUUAUUGUGCGCAGAGGACAUAUCCUUCUUGUUUUACUACGGUGCAGUGUUUCGCCGUACUUUACACACCAGGGACGGCAAGCCAGAGCAUUUUAAUAUAUUUAAUAUUUAUCCAAAGUAAAUUUCCCUUCGCGGUACUGAAAAGCGCGCUAAAGGAUGCGAUGGCAUGCUCAGAGACGCUGAGGCAUGCGACGGUAACUUUUCAACUGUAUUGCGUAGUCGGCAGCGGAUGGUAUAGCCGAAACUCCGUGCCCUGCCGUCCCUGGUGUGCGCUGGCCCUCGGUAUGCCGCGGAAUGUCUUGCUAGUUGCCGGCAUGCCACGGUACCUAAUAGACCGGUGACGUAAUCAGUGUGCGCUGGCCUUUAGGGCGCCUUCAAAUUUGACGCGAGGUGCCGCGCGGAAGCUGCGCGAAUGUAGCGCUGCAGCCGCGCUUAUUUGUAAAUCAGAAUAAAUGAAAACGCGCGACUGCAGCGCUACACCCGCGCGUCAAAUCAUCGAUCGAAAUUAUAGGGAAUUGUGCCCAAAGUGCCGCGCUUAUGGCACUUUGGGCGCCUUUAGUCCAUCAUGUGCGCUAUACGAUGCAGUUAGUAACUCAUUUUUGUCCUCCGCGGACAAUGGUCCCUUGUCUACAAAGGCCGUAAAGAUUCUGUAUCUGUAUGCAACUGUUAUCUAUGUACAGAUUUUUUGAAUGUAAGAAUUCAUCUUUUAUUUUGCUUCACUAUAUUUAUAAUUUGAUUAUUUGCGUGACCUAAUUCUUAAAUCACAUCACGUUUAAUAUCUUGAUGAGAACAUACUAUUAAAUUUGUAAAUACCAACGCUAAGCGUAAGCGAAAUGCAUCGUGUUUUUUUAAAUUUUGAAAAUGUAUAGAUAGAUACAUUCGUAAUUAUUAUUGAAUAAUGACAAAUUGUGGACUUAAUUAAUAUUCGUUAAUCCUCAGUGCUAGGACAUGAAUUUAUUAUGUUUUUAUGUAAUAUCGAUUACAUAUUUGAUAGAUUUAGAUGUAAGUGAAAAUUCCAUGAGUUUAGCGAGGAUACACACUUUCGUUUAGUAGCAUUCGUUUUAUAAAUCGUAAAUGUAACUAUAAUAUUCUCACAGAUAGAAAUUUUUAUUAAAAUUAAUUAAUUAAUGUAAGGAGAAAGAUUCGUAUAAUAUUUUUAAGUAUAUAAGCAUCAGUUGCGAGGUUGCGGUAGUUUAUUACUGUGUAAAAAGAAUACUGAUUCUCGUA